AUGUAUCCAAGGAUCACAUUAGCCCUUUUGGCCACAGUGUCGUGCUGGGAGCUCAUGUUCAGCUGAUUAUCCACCACGAUCCCCAAAUCUUUUCCAGAGUCACUGCUUCCCAGGAUAGAGUCCCCCGUUAUUGUAAAAGAUGUGGUUGCAAGUUGUAGAAGAGAUUUUUCUGUGGAACAUACCCUUCCCUAAAAUCCCCUGAAGGCAUAUACUGCACCUGUGAUGGACCCUCAGAAUACUGCUAUGUUAGGGUUGGGUUCUGAUUCCGAAGGUUUUUCUGGGAAAAGCCCCUCUGCAGUCAACACUGACAUAGUGAUAGGCAAGAGAGAAGUAGAUCUAGAGAGUAGCACCAAGGAGGAAGAAGAUAUUAAGAAGAAGAACUGGGAGGGGAGCACCAUUGAGACUGGGAAGAAUGAGGGUCUGACUGAUGCACAGCAACAGUUUUCAGUGAAAGAAACAAAUUUUUCAGAGGGAAAUUUAAAAUUGAAAAUUGGUCUUCAAGCUAAGAGAACUAAAAAGCCCCCUAAGAACCUGGAGAAUUAUGUGUGCCGGCCUGCCAUAAAAACCACUAUCAAGCAACCAAGAAAGGCAUCAAAGAGUGGGAAGAUGACAGAUGAGAAGAACGAACAUUGUCCUUCAAAACAAGACCCUUCAAAGUUUUGCAAGAAAGCUGGAGAAAUUGCAACAGUUGAAUUCCGUGCUGAGGAAGACAUACAAGGAGAAACAAGUCCUGUAUCUAAGAAGUUUUCUCCACUACCCACUGAAAUGACAGAUUAUAUAAAGUCAGCUCCUCCUACUCUUGUUGGUAGCCGUGAUCCUGACUUGAAGGAUAGAGCACAAAUUAAUGGAGCAACAACUGUAACAGAAAAAUUGGCUCAACUUAUUGCAAUUUGCCCCCCCUCAAAGUCUUCCAAAACAAAGCAGAAGAAGCCAGGAACUGGAACUCCAUCUGGGUUGGUUAAAAACUCUGGGAAGAAGCUACCAGGAACUGGAACUGCAGCUGGACUGGUUAACAAGGACUUAGUAAAGAAAUUGCCAGGAACUAGCAUUGCUGUUGGAUUGGUUAACAAGGACUCAGGGAAGAAGCCACUGGGGACUGGCACUGCAGCCAUAUUGGUUAACAAAGACUCUGGGAAGAAGCCACCAGGGAUUGGCUCUUUAGCUGGAUUAAUUAACAAGGACUCUGGAAAGAGGCCACCAGGGAUUGGCACUCCAUCUGGAUUAAUUAACAAGGACUCUGGGAAGAAGCAGCCAUCAUUGGGGAUUGGCACCCCAGUGGGAUUGGUUAACAAGGAGUUGGGGAAGAAGCUGCUGGGGAUUGGUACCCCAGUGGGAUUGGUAAACAAGGAGUCGGGGAAGAAGCUGCUGGGGAUUAGCACCCCAGCAGGAUUGAUUAACAAAGACUCUGGGAAGAAGCUGCUAGGGAUUGGCACCCCAGUGGGACUGGUUAACAAGGACUCUGGGAAGAAACUGCCGGGGAUUGGCACUUCAGCAGGAUUGAUGAACAAGGACUCUGGAAGUCUGAAAGCUGAUUCUCUCAGUCCUGCCUCGGAGCCCUUCAAGCUUUCUUGCAGUACAAACCUCAAUAAUCUUGAAAGCCAUGAGACAACAGAAUUAUUGAAAGAUAAUAUCAGCAGUAAAACUUUUGAGAAACAUAUUAUAAGACAGAAUAAAGACAAUAUCUUGGAAAAGAUUUCAUUUCGAAAAGAGGUUGCUGGUAUAGACAAAGAAAUAUUUAAUGAAGGAACCUGUAUUCAGCAGGACAGUUUCCAAUCCAAUGAAAAGGGGACUUAUGAAACAUCUAAGCAUGAAAAGCAGCUUCCAGUAUAUUGCACUUCACCAGACUUCAGAACAGGAGGAGCUUCAGAUGUAUCAACAGCAAAGUCCCCAUUUAGUGCUGUUGGAGAGGGAAACCUCCCAUCACCCUCACCCACAGUGUCUGUUACUACCUUAAACAGGAGCCCCACAGCAACUUCCUCUCAGUUAGCUUCAAAUCCAUCACAUAUAAGUACCACCACAACAGAUGUCUUAGAAGGAAUUUCUGAGCAGAUUGGGAAGACUCAGUUUUCUUCGGACAGUACACUUCUGAACCUGAACAGGUCAUUGAAUCACAGUCUGAGCACUGAUUUUAAAGGUUUGGAUAAAGAAUUAAAUUAUUCAAAAGCCACACACACAGACACCACAAGAACUAGUCCCUCCAUAGGGAAAAAAACCAGUCUGGCAACUGAAUCAAAUGUUCAUGCUACCGUCACCUCUUCAGUGGUUAGCUUCACAAGUUUGUUUAAUACCAAACAGUUUCUAAAGAUUGGUGCAAUAACUGCAUCAGGGAAACCUUGCCAAGGAGCUGAGGACCUGAGUGCUACUCAGUCAAAAUCGUUAAAGAAAAGAAAAGGAAGGAAACCACGAUGGACUAAAGUGGUGUCUAGAAACAUAUGUCAGCCUCCAAAGGGUCUAGAAUUAGAAAGGUCAGAGCUUUUUAAAAACAUUUCAUGCACUGCACUAUCAAACAGUGGUCUGGAGCAGGCUAAAUUCUUGAAAAAUAUAGGGUCAACUUCAUUUAUAGAGCAUGAAUUUGUCAAACAUCAGUUGCCAAAACUGAGCAAAUCUAGCAGCGGACAGUCUCUUGCUCUGUUAACCGAAGCUGACAAACAGACUCAAAAAUUCUAUAGUACUCACAAACAGCCCUCCAGUGUGUGUGUGUCAGGUGACAUCUUACCAGAAAUUUAUAAGCCCAAAAGAGGAAGGCCUAAAUCAAAGGAGAUGCCCCAGCUGGAAGGUCCCCCAAAGAGAACCCUAAAAAUUCCAGCAUCAAAAGUCUUCUCAGUGCAGUCAAAGGAAGAGCAAGAGCCUCCUGUUCUGCAGCCAGAGAUAGAAAUUCCCUCCCUAAAACAAAACUUAACAGGACAGACUUUUCCGAAGAAGAGAGGGAGACCUAAAAGACAGAUCAGAUCAGCUGUUAAAAUGAAACCACCUAUUCUGUCUGUGGCAUCUUUUGUUGCUACAGAUAAUUCAAACAAAAUGGAAUCUGAAAGUGAUCAGCAAUGUAGUGGGGAUUUUUUUGAGAGGAAGGACCAGGUCAGAGGUCCAGAGGAAGCUCAGAAAACUAUGUGUAGCAUGAGAGAUGUUGAGGUAGAAUCAGAUAGAAAAGUUACCAAGAGAAGUAAUGGGCAAUUAAUGAAAACAAUUAUCCGAAAAAUAAACAAAAUGAAAACUUUGAAGCGAAAAAAGCUUUUGAAUCAAAUCCUCUCUAGCACAGUGGAGCCAAAUAACAAAGGGAAAGUGCAAUCAAAACUCCACAAUACUGUGUCAACCCUUGCUGCCACUUUUGGUUCAAAAUUAGGCCAGCAGAUAAAUGUCAGCAAGAAAGGAACCAUUUACAUAGGAAAGAGGAGAGGUAGGAAACCUAAAGCUGUCCUAAAUGGUAUUUUAACUAGUAAUUCUGCCAGUUUAACUGUUCUUGAGAAUACUACCCAGCAAACAGCGGGGACAAUUCUAGGACAAGUACUUCCUCCUUUGCUGCCUUCAGCAGCUAAUAAUUCAGAGGUUCUUCCAUCUCCGGUGUGCUCUCAGUCUUCUGCAGCAAGUGGGGGACAGAGCCCUGUCAGCAGUGAUGCAGGAUUUGUUGAGCCCAGUUCAGUGCCAUAUUUACAUCUACACUCCAGACAAGGAAGUGUAGUUCAAACCCUUGCAAUGAAAAAGGCCUCCAAGGGAAGGAGGAGAUUAUCUCCUCCUACUUUAUUGCCGAACUCUCCUUCUCACUUAAGUGAACUGACAUCUCUGAAGGAAGCCACUCCUUCACCAAUUAGUGAGUCUCACAGUGAUGAGACAGUUCCCAGUGACAGUGGAAUAGGAACAGAUAAUAACAGUACUUCAGACCGAGCAGAGAAACUCUGUGGGCAGAAGAAGAAAAGACAUUCAUUUGAGCAUGUUUCCCUCAUUUCCCCUGAAACCUCAACAGUUUUAAGUAGCCUAAAAGAAAAACAUAAACAUAAAUGUAAGCGCAGGGGUCAUGAUUACCUCAGCUACGAUAAAAUGAAAAGACAGAAGCGAAAAAGGAAAAAGAAAUAUCCUCAGCUCCGAGGUAGGCAAGACCCUGAUUUCCUUGCUGAGUUAGAGGAACUAAUAAGUCGUUUGAGUGAAAUUAGAAUAACCCACAGAAGUCAUCAUUUUAUACCCCGAGACCUACUGCCUACUAUUUUUAGGAUAAACUUCAAUAGCUUCUAUACUCAUCCAACAUUUCCUUUAGAUCCUUUGCACUACAUUCGAAAACCUGAUUUAAAGAAGAAGAGAGGCAGACCCCCCAAGAUGCGGGAGGCUAUGGCAGAAAUGCCUUUCAUGCAUAGUCUUAGUUUUCCUCUUUCCAGUACUGGAUUCUAUCCCUCUUAUGGCAUGCCUUAUUCUCCUUCUCCCCUUGCAGCUACUCCAAUAGGAUUAGGUUAUUAUGGAAGGUAUCCUCCAACUCUUUAUCCUCCACCACCUUCUCCUUCUUUUACUACCCCAUUGCCACCACCUUCUUACAUGCAUACAGGCCAUUUGCUUCUUAAUCCCGCCAAAUACCACAAGAAGAAGCAUAAGCUUCUACGUCAAGAAGCCUUCCUCACAACUAGCAGGACUCCACUCCUCUCUAUGAGCACCUACCCCAGUGUUCCACCUGAAAUGGCUUAUGGCUGGAUGCUUGAACAUAAACACAGACAUCGUCAUAAACAUAGAGAACAUCGUUCUUCAGAGCAACCACAGGUUUCCAUGGACACUAUAACAGCUAACAGCUCUUCCAGAACAGUCCUGGAAUCCUUGAAGCGCUACAGAUUUGGGAAGGAGGCUGUUGGUGAGAGAUAUAAACAUAAAGAGAAACACAGAUGUCAUAUGUCUUGUCCACACCUUUCACCUUCAAAGGGUUUGCUAAGCAGAGAGGAACAGUGGGUCAGGAGAGAGCCUUCAGAGUCUAAUUCAUUAGCAUUGGGAUUACAGACACCAUUACAGAUAGACUGUUCUGAAAACUCUGCAGGUCUGUCCUUGGGAGGAUUUACCCCUAGCUCUGAGCCAGCUACCAGUGAUGAACACACAAAUCUUUUCACAAGUGCAAUAGGCAGCUGCAGAGUCACUAACUCUACCAGCACUAGUGGACGUAAAAAGUUAACUGACGGCCCUGGACUCUUCAGUGCACAGGAGGCUUCACUCAGCCGACCUCUCAGAAAGGACCCAUUGCCUUCUAUUGAAAAGGCACUACAGUCACUAUCAGGCACCCUGCCAGCACAGGACAAGCCCUCCCAGAGACAGCCGGAGAGCACAAAUUGCAGCCCUUCCAGAAAGAGACCUACUUCUGAGAGCACGUCUUCUACAGUGAUUGGAAUACCCACACGAGGAACAAAACUGGGGAUUGCUGUAGAUGAUUCAGUGGAUAGUUUACUGCAGUGCAUGGCACAACAUGACAGCCAGGCUGCACUGGACAAAACCAUAGAAGCAGUCAUUGCAAAUGUAUCUGUUCCACCUUCAGCUAGCCCUGGUCGAAACCACAACAGGGAGAGAGGCCUGGGAAAACAGGACAGUCUGUUAGUUCCAGCAGUUCCAAGUGACUCUUGCAAUGAUGGCAUCUCACUUCUUUCAGACAGAUUACCAAGCAGCUACUCCCCACAUCAUCUGAAGAGAAGUGUGGUUGAAGCUAUGCAGCGACAGGCUAGAAAAAUGUGUAGUUACAACAAGAUCUUGGCAACCAAGAAAAAUCUGGACCACGUCAAUAAAAUUCUAAAAGCCAAAAAGCUGCAAAGGCAGUCACGGACAGGGAAUAACUUUGUGAAGCGCAAGCCAGGCAGGCCCCGGAAAUACCCACUACAGGCUGUAGUUUCAAUGCAGGCUUUCCAGGCAGCUCGGUUUGUCAGUCAGGAGUUAGAGGGAAGGAAAGAAAGCAACACUUUACACCUUGGACCUGAUACUAUCACAGAUGUAAUUGAGGCUGUAGUACAGAGUGUGAACUUGAAUGCAGAGCACAGAAAAGGGUGGAAGAGGAAAAGAUGGCUUGCAGAGGAACAGGCCAGGAAAAGACAGAAGUCUGUACCAGAAGAUGAGCAGGAGAGUAAUAAAAGCUUUUCUGAGACAUCAACUGAAUCACCUAGUCACCUAGAAGCCAUUGGGAAGGCGCAUGAAUCUGAAAACACCGAGCAGCAUUUGCCUACUUUUACCCAGCGUGAGAAGAAGGCUCCUAGGCCCCCAAAGAAGAAAUACCAGAAGGCGGGGCUGUACUCUGAUGUGUACAAAACAACAGACCCAAAGAGCCGCCUGAUCCAAUUAAAGAAAGAGAAGCUGGAGUACACUCCUGGAGAACAUGAACAUGGAUUGUUCCCAGCUCCUAUUCAUGUUGGGAAGUAUCUGAGACAGAAGAGAAUAGAUUUCCAGCUGCCCUACGACAUCCUCUGGCAGUGGAAACAUAAUCAGUUGUACAAAAAGCCAGAUGUCCCACUUUAUAAAAAAAUCCGUUCUAAUGUCUAUGUAGAUGUUAAGCCUCUUUCUGGCUAUGAGGCCACCACCUGCAAUUGUAAGAAACCAGAUGAUAGCAAUGGAAAGGGCUGUUUAGAUGACUGUCUUAACAGAAUGAUCUUUGCUGAGUGUUCCCCUAACACUUGCCCUUGUGGUGAACAAUGUUGUAACCAGCGGAUUCAGAGACAUGAGUGGGUGCAGUGUCUGGAACGAUUCCGUGCUGAAGAAAAAGGAUGGGGUAUUCGUACCAAAGAGCCCCUGAAAGCAGGACAGUUUAUCAUCGAAUAUUUGGGAGAAGUUGUUAGUGAACAAGAAUUCAGGAACCGGAUGAUUGAACAGUACCAUAAUCACAGUGAUCAUUAUUGCCUGAACUUAGACAGUGGGAUGGUGAUUGACAGCUAUCGCAUGGGCAACGAGGCUCGAUUUAUCAACCACAGCUGUAAUCCUAACUGCGAGAUGCAGAAAUGGUCUGUUAAUGGUGUCUACCGGAUUGGGCUGUACGCACUUAAGGACAUGCCUGCUGGUACUGAACUGACUUACGACUACAAUUUUCACUCAUUUAAUGUUGAAAAACAGCAACUCUGCAAGUGUGGUUUUGACAAAUGCAGAGGAAUAAUUGGGGGCAAGAGUCAGCGAAUGAAUGGACUCUCAGGAAAAACCACCCAGCCUGUCACCACACACAGAAGGCCUGGACGAUCGAAAGAGAAGAGAAAGUCAAAGCACAAACUAAAGAAGGGGAGGGGCCACAUUCCAGAGGAGACUAGUGAAAGUGUGAACACACCAAACAGGCUGACCCCACAGCUUCAGAUGAAGCCCAUGUCCAACAGAGAAAGGAAUUUUGUGCUAAAACGUCAUGUUUUUCUGGUACGGAAUUGGGAGAAGAUUCGGCAAAAACAAGAGGAAGUGAAACAUGUCAGUGACAACAUCCACUCUGCAUCAUUAUAUAAUCGCUGGAAUGGAAUCUGCCGCGAUGACGGCAACAUCAAAUCUGAUGUUUUCAUGACCCAGUUCUCAGCCCUCCAAACCUCCCGUUCUGUGCGAACACGGCGCUUGGCUGCAGCUGAAGAGAACAUUGAAGUGGCUCGUGCUGCACGCCUUGCACAAAUCUUCAAGGAGAUCUGUGACAGCAUCAUCUCCUACAAAGACUCUUCCAGGCAGGCUCUCGCAGCUCCACUGCUGAACCUUCCUCCUAAGAAAAAAAAUGCAGAUUACUAUGAGAAGAUCUCUGACCCCUUGGACCUUGCCACCAUUGAGAAGCAGAUCUUGACUGGGUAUUAUAAAACUGUGGAAGCUUUUGAUGGGGACAUGCUGAAGGUCUUCCGGAAUGCUGAGAAAUACUAUGGCAGGAAGUCUCCGAUUGGACGUGAUGUGUGCCGACUACGGAAGGCGUAUUACAAUGCUCGCCAUGAGGCAUCUGCCCAGAUCGACGAGAUUGUGGGGGAGACAGCAAGCGAAGCUGACAGCAGUGAGACGUCCAUCUGUGAGAAGGAGAAUGGGCAUGAGAAAGAUGAGGAUGUAAUCCGCUGCAUCUGUGGCCUUUACAAAGAUGAAGGACUCAUGAUCCAGUGUGACAAGUGCAUGGUUUGGCAGCACUGCGAUUGCAUGGGUGUAAAUUCUGAUGUUGAACACUACUUGUGUGAACAGUGUGACCCUCGAUCCGUGGACAGGGAGGUCCCCAUGAUUCCUCGUCCCCAUUAUGCCCAGCCUGGCUGUGUUUAUUUCAUCUGUCUGUUACGGGAUGACCUGUUGCUGCGCCAAGGUGACUGCGUAUAUCUGAUGAGAGACAGCCGAAGAACUCCAGAUGGGCACCCUGUCCGGCAGUCCUACCGGCUGCUAUCCCACAUUAACAGGGAGAAACUUGAUAUCUUCCGCAUAGAAAAACUUUGGAAAAAUGAAAAAGAGGAGCGGUUUGCAUUUGGUCAUCAUUAUUUCCGUCCACAUGAAACCCACCACUCCCCUUCCCGAAGGUUUUAUCACAAUGAGCUGUUCCGGGUGCCACUGUAUGAGAUUAUCCCCUUAGAGGCUGUGGUGGGGACUUGCUGUGUGCUGGACCUCUAUACCUACUGUAAAGGGAGGCCAAAAGGAGUGAAGGAGCAGGAUGUGUAUAUCUGUGAUUACCGCCUUGAUAAAUCAGCCCACCUCUUCUAUAAAAUCCACCGGAAUCGCUAUCCUGUCUGCACCAAGCCGUAUGCCUUUGACCACUUCCCCAAGAAACUCACACCCAAGAGAGACUUCUCACCUCAUUAUGUACCAGACAACUACAAGAGAAAUGGAGGCAGAUCAUCGUGGAAGACAGACCGCUCAAAGCCACAGAUCAAAGACCUGAACCAAGAAGAAGAUCCUCUUCCACUCAUUGAGGAUGUGCUAGCAAGCCAAGAACAAGCUUCAAAUGAGAUGCGCAGCCUGGAAGAGCCAGAGAGAGAGGCAGUCUCUAGUGAGGGCUGUGAGAAUGAUAAAAAGGUGGAGGAAAGUAACUCUGUCACAAGACAACUGUGCACUCCAGAGGAAAGGCGGCAUAUUCAGAGAGAGAGACUUAAUCAAAUCCUGCUCAACCUCUUAGAGAAAAUCCCAGGGAAAAAUGCUAUUGAUGUCACUUACCUGCUGGAGGAAGGAUCAGGAAGAAAAUUGAGGAGGCGUACUCUCACCAUCCUGGAGAGCAGCUUCAGGAAGUGAUGUCCCAGCAACAGACUGUGAUCUGGAGUCCACUACCAGGUCUGCUAGAGACUGAUGGGGAAGCCCCCUCCUUCCUGUACACCAACCAAGGAGAGAUGGGUAGAAGAAAACUGACAUAAAUACAGUUAGCACUUAGAAGUCUGGGCAGGCAGGUGGCCCUGCCUUGCUCUGCAGUGCUCUUAUGGUGUGUGUGUUGUUGGGCGUGCCUUGUAUCGAUGUUAGGUACUGAGAAAACCUUGUGAUUAUUCGUCCAAGAUGGUCAGAUUUAAUUUAUUUUUGCUUAAUGUCCCCACUUGGAGGGAAAAAGAGGGGGUAAAUAGAAGGAUGGAGGACUGAUUUACUCUGAUGAGAAUAUUCCCCAUACAGACCAGUUGUCCUAUGAUUGUACAAGAUACCGUCGGCACUGCCAGUGGCGUGUACCAAUGUAUGAAGUCCAUAGGGAGGGUGAAGGCCCAAUGGAUUAAAAUAAAGGCUGCCCUAAAGGAGCGGCCUCAGUUUUGCACAAGUUCAGAGAGGGAAGAAAUGUACCAGGAUGUAUAAAAGGUUCACCGUGAAACGGCCAGUGCCCAGAUGCUCCUUUGAUCUGUAGAGAGGAAAAGCCCCCAGUCAGCUCAGAGUGAAACGAGAGUUGGUUGUUCGAAGCACUUGUUGUUCCGCAUCCUGAAAUGGGGGUGUGUAAUUUUUCACAUUUUUUCUGCAGAGAAAUUUUAUAAAGCGAGUCGAAUCCUGACGACACCAUUGCUGUUGGUUUUUUUGAUAAGCUGUGGUUCUUGUGUGUCCAAUGUGUUGUGCAAAUUAAAAUCUGUUAAAAGAAGAUAAAAAAAGAAACCUUCACUACAUGAACCGUCAAGCAGUAUUCAGAGCGAGUAUUUGUUGUGAACUGUAGAAUAUAUCAACUAAUAACACUAUUCUUGUGUUCUAACUGUACAGCUUAAAACGUCUGCCUCUUAAAGAGACAGUGUAUUUUACCACUCCCUCUCUCUGCCGUUAUGAAAGUGUUGCUCCCAAAGGCUACAGCCAAGGCGCUAACUUUUCACUGCAUGAAAUUGUGAUUGCCAUAGUUUGCCAUAAACUAGUGCUGUACUGGGAUCCCCUGUAUUUCAACAUGUAACCUUCCCCAAUAGCCAGUGCCGUGAAGCUGUCAUCUGUCUCUGGGUCAGGCCUUGCUAGUGGCAAAGGGAGGGGGCAGUAGGCAUACACUGCCCCUUUAAAAUAGCUUUGCUUUUUUGUCUUUCAGACGUACAUAUGCAUAUACAGUCCUGUUUUAGAUGUUCUUAUAAGAAAAACCAGUUUUUAAUGUGCCAAGUUGUAUAUAUCUGCUGCGUGGAUGUAAAGCAAUACGGUAGUUACAUGUUCCUUUUUAAUGGACCAAGCUUGUCCUAAUGUACAUUCUUGUUAUUAUUAUAAUUAUUAUUUUACUCUUAGUGGAACAUGACUCAUUCCAUUAACUUUUAUGUGU